UGACCCAUUUAUUACUUCAGUAGAGCUUGUAGAUAUUAGACGAAAGUUGCCGUCUUGGCAGAAAUUCAGCAUGGCGAGGAAAAUUGUUGGCGCUGCUCUUAUCCUUGUGGUUUUGUGUGUUAGCGGAGAAGUAGGAGCAAAUUUAUGCAGUAAGAAGUUAGACAUCAUAAUAGCAGCAGAUGUGUCUGGCAGCAUGGACGACAAUCAAUUCACACAACUACAGACAUUUCUGUCGACGUUAGUGGAUAACAUCAAAAUCUCCAAAACAUCUGGUGCGCGGGUCAUCGUCUUAGCCUUUGAUGACCAGAUUAACAGUCUGGCAUCAAGCUUCAGUGAUAAAGUAACAACAUCUCGAUCUGGGAUUAAGACACAGAUUAACCGCUUACAAUUUACGGCUGGUUCUACAGUGAUAGAUACAGUAAUAGAAGAAGCUAAGGAUUUACUUAACUCCGCAAACCGUGAUACAGCACAAAAAGUAGUCGUUUUUGUAACUGAUGGUGUUAAUUUUAAUGGAACUGAUUCACUUGUUCUCCCCGCUCAAGAAUUGAGAGAUACUUUCAAUGCAAGAGUUAUCGGCCUAGGAAUAGGCGAAGCUAACUCAGUCAACAUCCCUGGGCUUCGAAUACUUGCCGGGCAAAAUGACCGCGUUCUUAUUCUGACGUUCGAGCCCAGUUCAGGAGGCAAGUGCUGUGACGACGAUGACGAUGACGACGACGACCGCAAACGUCGUCGUCGUGAUGAUGAUGAUGAUGACGAAUGUGAUGACCGCCGUCGGCGUCGACGUCGCGAUGAAGAUGAUGGCGGGUGUAGCAGUGGUGUUAGUAACGAGCUCAAAAAUGUUAUAAAGCUAAUUUGUUACGGCUGACCACGAAAAGAGAUACAGAAGUAACUCAGCUUGGCUGAUAAUUCUACAGAACAACGCGAAACGACAUAGAACAUAUUUCAUGAUGUUUUUUUUGCUCCAAAUGUCACAAGAGUGAGUUUAUGGAUGUUUUCAUUCGAGACUGUUUCACUAUCAACACCACUCACUCCUUCUAAUGGGCAAACUGUAGAUAAAUAACGUGAAAAAAAGUUGUCAAAAAUUGCCAGAGCCUGCGAUUGUAAUAACUCCUGACCUUAGCAUUCAGUUGAUUAAUAUCAUAUGUUUGGCGGAGUAAAUUGUUGAGAUAAGUUUAGUAUUUAUUUAUAUAAAAAAAGGCCCAACACUGCAUUAGAUAUGUAAGAAUAACAUUGCAUUCAUUAGCUUUUAGCGCGUCUUUAGGAACAUCGACCAGUUGGACCUGUUACUAUCUGGAACGCUGGAUAUUGAAUUAUUUAUCAUUAUGAUAUUUGACAAAUCCAAAUUUAGCUUGGACGAAAAAAAUCAUGUAUGAUGCAGAUUAACUCGACUGUUAAGAUUAGUACUCUUUGAAAGGAAAUGUUAUGAAGUCGAAUUGAGCGAGAGGUAAAUUUGUCACGUUGAAGAGUCUUGAUCAUGCGUGAAGUCAGUGAUAGCAGAGUGCUGUGAUAGACUGCUACUUCAAAUAAAACCGGUUCUCUCUUCAAAAGAAUUAAA